AGGUCCAAGUCUAACUUAAACCACUAAAUCCACUUUUCAGGAAACGGGUCACAACCCAGUAUACAGGCAUGGAGGAUGACAUACAAGAGGAAGUCCUGUCACAGUUCAAGGAGAGGCGGCUGGGCGGCUGGCAGGUCCUGCAGCUGACGGCGGGCACAGGUUUGGCGGUUUAUGCCGUCUGGGCAGGAAUCCUGAUGCCGGGGUUUCGCCGAGUGCCGCUCAGAUUACAGGUGCCUUAUAUGCCAGCAAGCAGAGCUCAAGUGAGUAACGUCAUGAUGCUCCUGAAGGGCCGAUCUGGAGGCAUCGCUGACCUGGGCUCAGGGGACGGCAGGAUUGUGUUAGAAGCGUGCUCUAAGGGCUUUUCUCCAGCAGUUGGUUAUGAGCUCAAUCCCUGGCUUGUUCGUCUCGCGUAUUUUCAUGCAUGGAGAGCUGGACAACAUAAAAGUAUUUCAUAUCGGCGAGAAGAUCUGUGGAAGGUUGAUCUCUCGGCGUAUAAAAAUGUCACAGUAUUUCUAGCCCCUAGUGUGUUAAGUCUUUUACAAAAGAAGUUACUGGCCGAGCUGCCUGAAGAUGCUUUGAUUGUGGCUGGACGUUUUCCGUUUCCUGAUUGGACGGCGUGUAAAGUCGAGGGUGACGGUGUGGACAGAGCGUGGGCCUAUCACAUACAAGAACUGAGACAUCGCUACCAGUCACAAGAUGUGCAUGAGGAAACCAGCUGAGAAACAUUUCAAACCUGUGCUUUCUUAUUAUUAUGUAUUCAUUUUAUCAUGUUUUAUGGAACUCUUUGAUGCACAGAAUGUUUUUAAAAGAUUUAAGCUAUUAAUUCAUCUUUUUAAUAUACCUUCACUCUUAAGUGAAACAAAACAUAAGAUGUCAAAAACCAAGCUGCUGUCUGUGGGUGUUUCUUGAAGGGUUUGAACACGCGGAUCACUUCCUGUUUCUUGAUGUGACCUAGAAAAAGUUGUGUGUACAAUAUUUCUCUUUUACAGAAAAAGGAAAUAAGCCUAAUUUAUUUUGAGUCAUCUUUAUUGAAUGUGCUGUUUUGCAAAGUGCAUGUUUGUAAAUGCAGAGUGACUGUAGUCUUACUCAACAUGUACACGAGCUGAUGGGUUUCAUAAUGUGAAGCCGUUGAGCAAACCACAAUAAACAACCAAGAAGCAAGAGAA